GGUCCAAUGAUUGAUAUUAAAUAGAUAUGUAUCAUCUUACAUUAUGUCUCCCGGUAAACGCCCAGUUGAACAUGUUUUUCUGUUCCUUAUAAACAAAGUUGAUUCACUGUUAGUGUUGUUCUAGUUCAUCACUUCAAUCGGCUUGUCGUUGCUAUUUCUUUCCAGUGAUGAAUCUGGGCAAUUUCAUCUUCCCUUCAUCAAGAAGUGGAUCUUAUAUGGAUUUAGAGAAUAUGGAAGUAUUAUGCAAGGUAUUUGCUCUAGGGUUUUUGGCCAAAAUAAGUAAGAAAGAGUUAUAAUUCAAUGGUUGAACUGAUUUGGGCAAGAUCUUGUAACUAUGAUUUUUGAGUUUUCAUUUCACUGCUAGUAUUAAAAUGUCAACUGAACCAGUGAAUGUGGAUGACUUCAAAGAAUUGGCUAGGCAAGCACUUCCAAAAAUGUAUUACGAUUACUAUGCAGGAGGAGCUGAGGACCAGCACACACUUAGACAGAACAUGCAAGCUUUCUAUAGAAUCAUGAUUCAACCUCGAAUUCUUGUCGAUGUGAGUAAAAUCGAUAUGUCCACGACGAUCUUGGGCUAUCGUAUCUCUGCACCUAUCAUGGUUGCUCCAACCGGUGCACAUAAGUUGGCAUACUACGAAGGAGAGCUAGCCACAGCCAGGGCAGCAGCUGCUGCAAAAACUAUAAUGGUUCUAUCCUAUGCCUCCUCCUACUCAAUGGAGGAAGUUGCCACUAGCUGCAAUGCUAUCCGUUUCUUUCAAUUAUAUGUUUUCAAAAGGCGCGAGAUCUCAACUCUGCUAGUACAGAGAGCUGAGAGAUUUGGAUACAAGGCCAUUGUCCUGACUGCUGAUACUCCUCGACUUGGUAGAAGGGAGGCUGACAUAAAGAACAAGAUGAUUACGCCUCCACUGAAGAACCUUGAAGGCUUGUUGUCUGUUAAAAUUGAAGUUGACUCUGAUAAAGGUUCGUUAUUAGAGUCUUUUGUUAACGAGGCCUUUGACUCAUCCCUUUGUUGGAAAGAUAUAGCAUGGCUGAAAUCAAUUACUAGUUUACCAGUUCUGGUAAAGGGAAUUCUCACUCAUGAAGAUGCAAUUAAGGCUGUGGAAGUAGGUGUUGAUGGAAUUAUUGUCUCCAAUCAUGGAGCCCGGCAACUAGAUUUUUCUCCUCCCACCAUUUCUGUCGUUGAAGAGGUUGUUCAUGCUGUCAAGGGUAAAGUUCCUGUGCUGUUAGAUGGAGGUGUGCGGCGAGGAACAGAUGUAUUUAAGGCAUUAGCCCUCGGAGCUCAGGCAGUCCUUGUUGGGAGACCAGUUAUAUAUGGGCUAGCUGCAAAGGGAGAAGAGGGAGUAAGAACAGUACUGGAAAUGCUGAAGAAUGAGUUAGAGAUUAGUAUGGCACUUUCUGGUUGUCCAUGUAUAAAGGACAUUACUAGAAGCCAUGUGAGGACACACUAUGAUAAGCUGCAUUCAAUGCUUUGAUGCGUAUUCCAAGUAAUAUGAGCAAGUAGCUACGUUUCUGAUUUACGAAAUGAAGAAAGGGCUGGGAGAUGUGGAUGUAACUUCAAAUUCAGUUAUGUUGUUCCAAUAAUGAGAAAUUUCUAUUUCUGGCUUUGUAUUCUACA